AUGAACAUAAAUAUUUUGGGUUCAUUCUUACCAGGCCUAUUAAAUGAAAAAGUAGCAGUUAAAAUUGCAACAGGAAAGGUAUACACAGGAAUACUAGAAGGAUUUGAUUCUAGAAUGAACAUACUUAUUUCCAAAUGCAUGAUAAACAAUUGUUCCAACAGAGUACUAAUUAGAUGUAGUAGCAUAGUUAGUGUAUCAAAUGAGAGUGUUCAUUGA